GGCGGGCCGAUGGGUGGGGCCAGUGACGGACCGCUUGCGUGCUCGUCGCCGCGACGCUGUGUUUUCGGAGCGCCAAGCGGGCCGUUGGACGGCGGGACGGGGACAUGUCGAGGGUCUACAUCGGCAGACUGAGCUACCGGGCGCGGGAGAAGGACGUGGAGAAGUUCUUUAAGGGCUACGGGAAGAUCCUUGAGGUGGACCUCAAAAACGGGUACGGUUUUGUGGAGUUUGACGACCCUCGUGAUGCCGACGAUGCCGUUUACGACCUGAAUGGCAAAGACCUGUGUGGCGAGAGGGUCAUAGUGGAGCACACCAAAGGUCCCCGGAGGGAUGGGAGCUAUGGCUCGGGAAGAAGCUACGCCCGUGGUGGGCGGGACCGUUACGGGCCGCCCGCACGCACCGACUACCGGCUCAUCGUGGAGAAUCUGUCGAGCCGCUGCAGCUGGCAGGAUCUGAAGGACUACAUGCGCCAGGCAGGCGAGGUCACGUACGCCGAUACGAACAAGGGCCGCAGGAACGAGGGCGUGAUCGAGUUCAAGCUGUACUCAGACAUGAAGCGCGCUCUCGAGAAGCUCGAUGGCACCGAAGUCAACGGCAGGAAGAUCCGGCUUAUCGAGGACCGGCCCGGGUGCCGACGCCGGCGCUCCUACUCCCGCAGCCGCUCCAGGUCUCGCUCUAGGAGCAGGCGGUCCCGCAGGAGCCGCAGCCGCAGCGAGAGCAGUAGCCGCAGCCGCUCGCGCUCCAGGCCGGCCUCUCGUUCCUGCAGCCGCACCCCCAGCAAGAAGAAAAGCAACGGGGCCCACAGGAGCCGCAGCCGCGAGAAGCGGGAGCCCCGAGAUGAGGCGCGAUCUCGGUCCAGGUCGCGGUCACGCAGCCGCAGCCCCAGGAACAAGCGCAGUAAGAGAGAGGUCAAGAAGGGCCGCAGAGACGACUCCCGUUCACACUCUCGUUCUCGCUCCCGUAAGUCCAGGUCCCGCUCACGGUCCAGGAACAAGGAGCACUCCAGGAAGUCCCAUUCCAGGUCUAGGUCUGGUAUCAAGGAUCGCUGCAAGAAAUCCAGGUCCAGGUCCCGGUCCCGGUCCAAGACCCGCGAUGUCAGGAGCGAUAGAGAGGAGGCGGGAGCCGGUCCAGCUGAAGGCAGCUCGUGCUCCCCGUCUGUGGCCAAACCCCACCCCCUGUCCCCUGCCAAACCACGGUCACGCUCCCCCUCGGCCUCACGUUCGGAGUCCCGCUCCAAGUCUCGAUCCCGUUCCCGUUCUCGCUCCUGAGCAGGCGCAGCCCGCCCCACCCCGCUCCAUCCCGUCCCGUCCCGUCCCGUCUGUCCCGUUCUUUGUUUUUUGAUAAACAGUUGUAGGAUGACAGCACUCUUGCUCCGUGUGUCUGUUAAAACACUUUUCCCUUCUUUAUGAUUAUUCUAGAACAUUUUUCAGUAGUGUCGUCCAUUAAGUGGAGGUGUUUGCAAAAUUUGAAAUGUGUCAAGACUAGUUUGAGAGGAUCUUGCUUGAUAGACUUUUAUAAGCUAGAAGUCUGAAACUACCAGAAUAGGUGUCUUAACCUUUGUAAAGCAUCCUUUAGUAGCACACCUUUGGGUGGGUGGGUGGCUGGGUGUUUCCUGUCCUUUUCUUCUGUUUGUGGAGUCCCUUUUACCAGUUAUAUAUAAAAAUAAAAUUGAAAAAAAUGCCUGAUAGCUGGACUGAGGCGUUCUGUUUUCUCUCGUCACGCUUCUCUGGCUCCGAGUUCAUACGUUUUUUCCAAAAGCACAUUUCCUCCACGUGUCCUGUGUUCGCCCUGUGACCCGGUCGGUGGCAGUAAAAAAGCGUCCGAACGGACGAGGAGUGUGGAACCAGCGCCAUUCGCCUCACCUCCACAGCGUUUACAGCUCCUGCGCGGUGCCCCGGUGUCGGUGAUCGGUACAAAGGUGCACGACGUAUCGUUGGACAACGGGCUUUGAGCACAAGUUGGUGUUUUCAUUCUCGCACUUUUAAACUAGUCUUCACUAAUCUUCUGAGUUAUGCAGCUACUCGUGCGAUAAACG